AUGCCACCACGAUUUCGGCCGCUGUCUUUGCCACAGGUGCCACUGUCCCAGCAACUGACGAGCAACUUGAUUCCCGACCCCGUCACACCAGAUGCCAAAGCGUUGAUCUCGAGUCCCACGUCAUUCCCAUCUCUUCUUCGGCGAUCCCGCAUUGUUCGCGACGGUGCCCACUUUUCGUAUGUGACGCCCUUGCCGCUGCCCUUCCCGUAUGAAUUCCCGCCAUAUGAACAGGGCGAGGAAUCUGAAGGCGUCGAAAGAUUUUUGAGCAGUUAUGAGCCUCCCAACUGCAGGGAAUUUGCGCCUGCUCGCCAGCACCCACCGUACCCCUCAGCCAGAUUGGUUGCGUUCUCGCCACAGGCUCAUGCGGCGUGUGUGCCUCAUCUGAACGUGGGUGACACACACGAGUGGAUCCAGCAAACCUCUGGCAAGAGCGUGUUUAGCUCUGGCCCACUCAUCAGCGCCGAUACGUCGCACCUGUACGGCAGUGGCGAAGAUACGAGUCCCGCCACAGCCAGGCAAGCCCUGAGCGACUGGGCUUCGGGUCGUGCGUUUCAUCUACACGUCGCAGGCUCACUUGAUUCUCAAGAACCAGGGGGUGUUGGUGUCCAAUUUUUGACGCGCGAGGAAGACGAUGUUCGAAACACGCAGAGCGCUCUAUCGCAGCUGUAUACGCGAACAUCGUAUGGGCCAUGGUCGCUUCGCUACGGCGGUCACCAAUUUGGCGAAUGGGCCGGUCAGUUGGGCGAUGGACGCACAGUGUCCCUCGUAGAGACGCUGCACCCUGACUCGGGCCGGCGUAUGGAGAUUCAAAUCAAGGGUGCUGGACGCACGCCAUACUCACGCUUUGCCGAUGGACUCGCUACUCUUAAAAGCUCGACGCGUGAGUUUCUCGUGUCUGAAUACAUGGCCGCCCUAGGUAUUCCUACGAGCUACUCGCUGUGCGUCGUAUCACUCCCCGAUGUACCUGUGUUGCGCGAGACACGCACGACUGCUGCACUGAAUAUGCGCAUCGCCCCAUCGUGGCUCCGCAUCGGCAACUUCCAGCUGCACAGCAUUCGCAACGAAUGGGAAAGUGUGCGUGUUCUUGGUGAAUACGUUGCACGCGAGCUCUACGGAUGGUCAGAUGUGAUCAAGGGCCAAGGCGUAUCAGACGCACCGCGCCCACCCUGGGCACUGCGCCUCGUCAAGGAAGCAGGUGUGCGCAAUGCCAAGACAUUUGCGCUAUGGCAGGUCUAUGGAUUUAUGCAUGGCGUGAUCAAUACAGAUAAUAUUUCUCUCUUGGGCGACACGAUCGAUUAUGGACCGUAUGCGUUUAUGGAUGCUAUCAACGAAGACGAAAUUUGUAAUCACUCUGAUGUGUUUGGCAGGUACUCGUACAAGAUGCAACCGUCUAUGCUCGUGUAUGCGGUGGACAAGUUAUUCGAGGCGUUGGCGCCACUCAUUGGAUUCGAGGAUCUGCAUGAGCGAGCUCUGCGCCCCGGUGAAUUGCUACACUCUUCCGCCAAGGAGCGCCAGGCAUGGGCAGAUCAUGCGGAGUCCUACCUGGAUGAAGUACGCGCACUUGUGCAGACUUCGCUCCUUAAGGCAUGGGCAGAAGCCUGGGCUAAUCGUCUAGGUGUACAGGACAAAGAUGUCGACCGAAUCAAGUACGGAUUGAUUGAUCCCUUCUUCCGUGCCUUUGCUGGUUGGGACCUGUCACGUUCUUUGCGAACGAUGUGCGAUUUCCCCACAUACGGGGGUGAUGUGCAUUCUUUUGCUGAACGGAUUGCGCGAGACGCUGCGACAAAGGCACCCCAUGCAGCAUCCGUGUCAGAUCUGGCAGCAUGGCUUGAGACAUAUCGCGCCAAGCUGACAGACGAGGGACGACCACCAAGCCAUGUGGCCAUGCACAUGAAACGUGCGAAUCCACGCUUUGUUCUGCGCAAUUGGACCACGGACCUUGUGGCCGAGCAGCUUGCUUCUUCCAACGACACCAAACUGCUGGAACGUGUGCGGGCUAUGUGUGCUGCCCCCUUUGAAGCAUAUGAUGCGCCUGACGAUGCAUCGCUGUGUGAGGUGGGAGAGCUUUUACAGUCUAACACGCCAUCAUGUUCUUCCUAA